AAUAGAGACAAAAUUUAGAAUAAAAAUCCAUAUGUAUUGUAUAUAAGUCGUUCAAUUGUAUCUAUGAGAUGGUAAACAUGAUUUUCAAUUUUGUUGGAUGUCAUAUCAUGUAUUUGUAGCUCCUUAUUGAAUAAAGUUUAUAUGUACGAUACCAGAUUGAUGAGGAAACUGGAAAACUACCAUCUGCCUCGGAAGUUUGGAUGGCACAACAUAGCAGUUUGAAUGCAAAUAAUGAGCGGAAGUGGGUUGAUAGUUCAUCAGAGCAUUAUUAUCAUGAGAUAAGAAGAACAAAAGAAGAAGUCAUGCCUGUGGAUGAGACUGUUAACGAUAAUGAAGAUGUCUGGAGAGUGGUGUUCGGUGCUCGAUCUGGCUAUGUUCGUGGUAAAGGAACUGGGUACAAGUCAACUGCAAAGGGAGUGACUACAAACAACCAGAACGAAAAAAUAGAACAACUGGAGGCUAAAGUUGUUGACCUGAACGCAAAACUAGCAGCUCAAGACAAACAUAAUUUAGCCUUAACCCAAAGGUUCGAAAAAUUGUUGGAAAUGGUGGAAAAUGAAAGGCAUGAAUCAUCUUCACACAGCGGCCAAAGGGAAGAUGAUCUCACUUCGGAAGAGACAAAUGAGGAAGAGUAUACAAGAGAUGAAUGUUCUCAUCAUGCCAAACGUGUGAAUAAGAAACGAGCUGGCAAUAAGAUUUUGAGCGCAAAAAAGAAAAACAGGAGCUAAGAGAAGAAGGAUGUUUGUUGGCGGAACAUGGAGGGGUAUGCAGAAAUAAUCGUUAGUACAUUUUUUUUUUUGUUAGAGAGGCAAUUAAUAAAUUAUGGAUGUGAAACUUGUUAUCUAUUUCUUUGUAGAUGUAUUUUUUCUAGUUCGCUAGAGAAUGUUUAGCCUUUUAAAAGAUGAAUGUUGGGAUGACAUUUUAGUAGUUUUGCUUAAUUUUUCAUGGAGAU